UGCCGUCGGCGACCUGACCCGGCCGGGGUCAUGACCUGGCGAUGAGCGCGCGGCGCGGGUGGCCGGCCGCGGCGGCACGGCUGCUGAUGGUGCUGCUGCUGCUGCUGACGGCUGGCGUCCAGCCGCUGCCGCAGCAGCAGGGCCGGCACCGGCAGCAGCGCCACGUGCCGCAGCAGCAGCAGCGCCGCAACAGCAGCUGCAGCCUCCGGCAGCUGUGUCCCGCGCAGCACUGUCUGCACGGCAUCUGUAUCGACUCCGGCAACGGCGGCCAGUGUUUCUGCGAGGACGGCUACACGGGCCUGUACUGCGAGACAGACGCUGACGACUGCCUGUCGGCGCCCUGUCAGCACGGCGGCACCUGCUCCGACCGGGUCGGCGGCUUCUCCUGCGACUGCGCCCCCGGCUACACAGGUGACAGCUGUCAGAGUCAGGUGCGCGGCUGUCAGGAGGCAGGAUGUCUGAACGGCGCCUCGUGUGUGUUCACGCACCACGGGCUGGUCGCCUGCCUCUGUCCCCCCGGAUUCAGAGGCGUUCGCUGUGAAGAGGACAUGAGCGUGUGCGUCCACGUGCAGCCGCCGUACACCCGGUGUCACAACGGUGGGCGGUGUGUGGACGGACCGGCCAACACUUACCACUGCCAGUGCCGGCCAGGGUACACCGGCGCCACGUGUCUGAUCGACGUUGACGAAUGCGCCUCCUCUCCGUGCCAGAACGGAGGCACCUGCAUUGAUCACAUCAACGCCUUCCAGUGCGUCUGCCAGGCCGGGUUCUCCGGCCAACUGUGCCAGACGGCGCUGCAGAACUGCGAAGUCAAUGUGUGUGAGAACGACGGCCUCUGCGUGCUGACAGAGGCCGGCGAGGCCUGCCUGUGUCGCCCCGACUUCCAUGGAGAGCGCUGCCAGAGACGGUACAACGACUGCCUACCCGAGCCCAGGUGUCUGCACGGAGGCACCUGUGUGGACGCAGUCGACUCGUUCCAGUGUCAGUGUCCGCCGGCAGCGUCCGGCCGCUACUGCCAGUGCCUCUCCUCCGAGAACAUCACCUUCUGCGUGGCGCCGGAGCACAGCGAGCCGCGCGUGGCCGGCCUCCUCCCGCACCUGGUGGUCACCGUCGGCUACAGCACUGUCUUCCACACCUCCGUCGUCGCCACAGAGUACGUCGAGGCCACCGCCAGCGUCGCGUACGACGGGCCACCCGACGCCACGGAGAUAUUUUCCGAAGGUGUGACGGCGACGACAGAACCGUGGAUUUCGCCAUCGUUUGAGACGACGCAGCCGGGAGCGGAGGCGAUGUCGACGCCUCCACCUGCGUUCUCUGCGUGGGAAGGCGAUGGAGCGACUGCUGUCGUGACGAUUUCCCAGCCUUCAGAGGUCGACUGGGAUGCCUUCAGCUCGCCGCGCCAGCCGGGGGAAGCCCCGCAGACGUCGCCCGUUGAAGGCACGCCUCUGCAGACAGUGCCAAAACCAGAGCUCACUUCGCCUACACUGCCACUGCCGGAGUCGGCAUCGCCUUCCAUUGUCAGUACACUGCCUCCGACCGUCUCCAGCUCCCCUGGCUCACCGGGGACCAUGUCCACUCCGGUGCGAUCAUCGGAGGUCACUCCCGUCACCCCCACACCAGUACCGGUGGCGUCCUCCCAGCUGGUCACUACGAGCCUGGUUAUUCCGCCUGAAGACCAAGUAAGGAGCUCCACGGAUACUUAUUCUACAGACGGAAAAACCACUUCUGAUGGUGAUGGUAUGGGAUCCACUGAGGAAACGUCGGCCCGGGUCGAUGACGCUUUUACGCAAACUGAUGAGAUAUCCACACAGGCCGAUGAGACUGGCACGCAAACUGAAUCCACUCCUUCAUAUACAGAAUGGAUCUCUACCCAAAGCGAGAACUUUACCAGAUAUUAUGAUUUAUCAACUCAAACCUCAUACAUCUCGACCACUGAAGAGACGCAAUCGCAGUCUACAAGUACAUCAGCCCAGGAUACGUCGCCUUACACUACGGACUCUUCAGCCACUUGGCCAGUAACGAUGUCAACGCAAACUGAAGAAACAUCUACGUCUGAUGUAGCUAUUUCCACAGAGGCCUUCGCAACUUUGCAUACAUUUUCACAAGAGCCAUCAGAAGAACGUGAAAGAAGUACAACUGAGGUCGAUCAGACAACCACCGAGGAGGCAUUGACAAGUUUAGGAACUGCCACGCCGGGAGGAACUUCCACAUCAUCCGAUGUCAGCACAGCUAUCGUAUCCACAACUGGUUUUAACGCAAGGGAACAGACCACAACUUCUUAUUUCCCUGUUGUGGAAACCGAGGCAACACCAGAGUCCAUCGCUGGCACUUCAACGCUUUCAGCUGAGUCGGUCACCGAAGAAACAUCGCUUGAAGUCGAGGGAACAAGUUCGUCGACAUCAACGGAAUCUGCAGAGAGUUCUGUUGUCACACCAGAAGGAAGGACGGAUCUGCCUUCUACGGCAGCGUAUACCACAACGGAACUCCUAAACGUGACAAACGCGACAGACAUAUCUGCCGCAGAAAGCACGACAGCAUCAGCAUCGUCUACUUCCACUGCCGAGCAAGAAAGUGUGACUGUCAAAGCUGAAUCCGCCACCGCGGAAUCGGGAUUCACGAUCUCCACAACAAAGGAAGUGUUUACGACACCUUAUUCAAGCACAGAAUAUACGUCCACGGAAGCCGAGGUAGCUUCCACAGAAGCGUCCACACAGUUCGAUCCCGCGACGGAGGAAUCACACACUUUAUCCGAGUCCACCACCAAGGAAACAUCGACGUUGCCCGAUGACGAUAAAACGUCAUUAACUGCUGCGUAUGAUGUUACAACAGAUGUGGCUAGCGAGCCUUCCACACUGCCUGAUACCGGUGUUCCAGAGACAUUAUCUUCAACGGAAACAACGGACAUCACAACUGAGCCAAACACUGAACCAAUCCUAACGAUGACAUCAACUCCGUCAGCCGAAGAAAAACAGAACACCACUCAUCAAACGUCACUGCUACCUAAAAAUGCAACUACCUCGGCACCGUUUCCAACAGUCACGACAACGGAAAAGACGAUUCCAACAGCCACAGUGACUGAAGGGCCAUCUCCAUCUACACGCGCUCCAGCAACUGAGGCAGGGCUACCUUCAGCUGAAGGCGCCACGUCGGACCUGCUGCCGAUCCGCUUCUUCCCCGACACCUACCUCCUGCUGGAGAGUAACGGUGCCGACGAGCCCCCUGAGGAUCCCGAGGAUUCAGACACGGACCUCCUGGAGGAGGUGCUCAGUGACGAGAGGCAGUUCCUCGAGGACACCGAGUCGGCGGUGGCGCCGGUGGCGGACCAUCAUCAAGAGGAGGAGAGGAAGUCUGAGGACGUACAGCCGGAGAUGGACAAACAAAGAGAUGAGAGCGGCAGUGCGGCAAACUCGUUCACAGAAGACGCAAAGAGGGUCAGGCUUAACAUCAGUUUCGCCACGCUGUCGGAGAACGGUGUCGUGCUCAGCUCGCUGCCCACUGGCGUGCCGCCCUGGUAUCGGCUCUUCCUCUCCGGUGGCCUCCUAAGGCUCGCGUUCGCCUGCUCCGGCCGACAGGCCACAUCGUUCAUCGAGACUCAGGCCAAGGUCAACACGGGACGACAGGUCACCGUGCACUUCAUGCUGCGCUGGAUACCGGGCCGGUCGGCCGGGGCGGCGGCCACCUGUCGCGCGGCCAUGCGCCUCGAGGGCUCACCUGUGACCGUAGCUCAGCAGUUCGCCGAUCGGCCGCUGGACCGCAGGGUGGCGCUAGUGGUCGGCAGCCCGCCCCGAGAGCGCGGCUUCGGUGGAUUUCUGCUCCAGCUGCAGGUGAACGGCCAGCGGUUCGACGAGCUGUCGCUGAUCGUGGCCGACAGUGUGGGCGAGUCGCGCUCUCCGUGUGACGAGGCCGGCUGCCAGCACAACAGCACCUGUCACCAGGUCACCUGGAUGGAGGUCCGCUGCCAGUGCCAGCCCGGUUUCAGCGGCGCACGGUGCGAGUUCGCCCCCUGCGACCCGGCGCAGUGCGGUCCCGGCGCACAGUGCGCCCUCCUCUCCACCGGACAGUCCGUCUGCCUGUGUCCGCUCGGAAGGACCGGGCCCCGCUGUCAGACGGAGACGACAUACCCCGGAGCCCGUUACCAGUUUCACGGCUCCACCGGCGGUCUCUCCUCCCACCUGGCUCUUGACGUCACCGGCAGUCUACGUCACCAGUUCUGGAUGUUCUUCCAUCUGGCCACAAACCAGACGGAACAGACUUCACUGCUCGCCCUUCUUAUGGACACAGAGUCAGAGCGGCCAGAGACAGCCCUGGAGCGUCAAAACCUGACGGUCAUGCUGGACGAGUUUUCGAGCGCAGUCUCGGACGCCGAGGUCGCCGCUGCGAUGCCACCACCGUCAAACACAAUUAUGACCGCGCUGGAGGUCGGGACGGAGCCCGAGCGGCCGUGGAGGGACGCCGGCGGCGACUUUUUCGCCGUCACCCUCAGUCGUGGCUACGUCACCGUGACGUGGCACCUGGGCUCAGGCAGCAAGCGUCUGAUGUCGGAGGCGCCGCUGGACCCGGAUAUGACCGUUCAAACGGUGCGGGUCGGCCGCAGGGCCCAGCGCGUCUGGCUCCAGGUGAACGCCCAGCGUGUGGUGACCGCUCGCGCGCCGGGCGACUACACAAAGCUGGACGUGCGCAACGUGCUGCAUAUAGGUGGAUACAGCGGUACACAGGACCAGGCGGCGCUACCGGCCGACCUGGGCUCGUAUCCCGGCUACAGGGGCUGUGUGUUCGACCUGCGCCUCGGCCUGGGGUCCUACAGAGGUGUACCUCUGACGGUGCUCGGAGGCCGUAACGUGACGCCCUGCCGCCUGGACCACUGUCAGGGACUGUCCCGAGGCUGCGCGCCGGCGGGGUCACGCCCGGUCAGACGCCGGGGCCCGUGACCAAUGAGCAAGGCCUCGCGACCCGUCCACCCACCGCUCCCCACUAGAGAUGCCACAAAUUUGCAAUUUCAUUACCCGCCCCGCCCCGCAGCUACCCCUUGCCCAACCACAACUACCCGCAAGCUGAUUUUGGCUGAGCCGAACCCGCAAAAAACCCGCAAUUUUAAAAACCUGCUUUUGCAAGAAAAAAUACAGCUGGGUCAAUGCUAGAGCUAUAUAAACCUUACUUGCUUCAUUGCUGUGCAGAAAAAGGCAGCCAAACAAAUAGUAAGGACUUGAAAUUUCUAUGCUAAGUCCUCAGGAAGUGCACACUGGAUAGUGGAAAAUGAAUAAUGCAUCAAUACAUUUGAAAUUCCUUUCUGAAAAGAGUUCAGUAAAAUCUUUCUCUCACCUUACCCUUCAGCAUUGGCUGAGGAUCAAAAUUUCACACUAGCUCCCUCUCAAUAUUAGGUUUCUAGAAUGAUAUUGUUAUCAAAAUGAAUGUUGAUAUAAAAAGAUGCGAUUUCCAGUUAAAAAUAAAUAGUGACACG